AUGAUUUCAGCAUCGCAUCUAUUUGUUGGCGAACACGAUUUUCGUAACUUUUGCAAACUUGAUGCUGAUCGAGUGCGCCAUUUCCGAAGAAAGAUCCUUUGGAUCAACUUUGAGCAAGUGUCUUCGAGUCCAUCAAUAUGGGAAAUCGAAAUCGCUGGCUUAUCCUUCCUUUGGCAUCAAAUUCGUUGCAUGAUGGCAGUAUUGUUCUUAAUUGGGCGUGGGUUAGAGAGUCAAGAUGUUAUUUCUAAAAUGUUGGACGUGAAUCGAACUCCCAAGAAACCAGUCUAUGAACUCGCAGAUGAUGUUGGACUGAUUUUAUAUGAUUGUUUUUUCGAAGGUCUUCACUUUCAUAAAACACCAGAACAAAUCCAUCAUCUUCGAUCAUUCAAGACUUUCUAUCUACAACAUCUUCAGUCAGCUGCAGUCUUCCGUUGUAUGAGCAUGGACAGCCCACUUGGUAAUGCACGACAGUUCUCAAUGUAUAUCCAUCGAUGUGCGUUUUAUAGAUAUGUGCUCCAGUUGGCCCGUUCCACUGAAGUAUACUCCGUUACUAGAACGUCCGACCGCGUUGUCUCUAGAAGAACGGAAGGAAAACAUCGAGAGGAAGCGCCACAUGGCCAACAAUCAAGACGAUUAGCAAUUGUGGCAGUCAAGAGCGAAACAGAAGAUUUGAUUUCAGAACUGGAAAGGGACAUUCGAACUUUUUCAUCAGGUCAUUUCUUGCCUGAAAUUUUCGUUGAUAAGAUUCCCGAUCUGCUGUGGGAAGAGGUUGAAGCGGCUCAGCUCGCAAUCCAAGCAAAUCGCGUUGUUAGAGACACAACAGAAUCUGGAAUGUCCCCAACAAUCUCUUCUUAUGAAAAAACGGGAAGAAAUUGA